GCAAAAAUGUGAAUCACUUAGGCUUGAUGUAUAACAUUCCUGUAGCGAGAGAUUCAGAGCCGUGGCCGUGCGAUUCUAGCGAGUACAUGCUAGAAAGGCUGAUAGGCCGUGGAUCUUUUGCCAAGGUAUACACGGCCACAUGCCGCAUGAAAAGAGCAGAUGGAGUGCAGCGGGUCGCCCUGAAAGUAAUGGAUCUUGAACAUAUUACGACCGAAAUAUCAGAAAUCUCCAAGGAAGUCCAGAUGAUGCGCAUGUGUUCUCACGCCAAUGUUCUAUGUUGUCAUGCCUCUUUUGUGAGCAAGAGUGAGCUCCUUCUUGUGAUGCCACUCAUGGAGAAGGGCUCUUGCCUGCAUAUUAUGCACGCCGCGAAACAAUUUGGUUUAGGGGAGGGGCUUGCAGAGGAAUGGCUUGGCUACGUGCUAUUUGAAGUGUUGCAAGGGCUUAACUAUCUGCACGAAAAUGGUCACAUCCACCGGGACAUUAAGGCGGGAAAUAUUCUGCUCGAUCCCGUUGGUAAGGUGGCCCUUGCUGACUUUGGUGUAUCUUCUUGGCUUGUUCAUGCUGGACUUCGACGCCGGACAGCAAAGACAUUUGUUGGAACUCCGUGUUGGAUGGCGCCCGAAGUGAUGGAACAAGUCGAAGGCUAUGAUUAUAAAGCAGAUAUCUGGAGUUUUGGAAUAACAGCUCUUGAGUUGGCCAAGGGGUUUGCACCAUAUGCUUUUCAUCCCCCAAUGAAAGUUCUACUGCUUACAAUUCAAGAAGAACCCCCUUCUCUUCGAAGCUAUGCAACUGAGAAGUCGUGCACUGGGGAGUCAUUUUCCCGCUCGUUUAAGGAGAUGGUACGCAUGUGCCUUCAAAAGGAAGCUCGCAAGCGUCCCACUGUACACACCUUGUUAAACAGCAAAUUUUUCAAAAUUGAGCGGUCGGUAACACCGCUUGUCAACGAGCUCUUGUGUCAUGUAAGAAAUAUAUCUGUAGAGGACGGGCCCAUUCAUGACUACGAGGAUUGUGCGACACCACAUGAUGCUUUACUCGACCAUGACAAUGCAGAACCUUCGCUACGCGAUGGGACUGAGCCCGCAAAAUUGUCUUCGACCAGAAGAACUGCCGAGGACCUAAAAAAAAACGCAGACGAUGCUCACUCGGACGGCCGCUGUCUGGCGAGUGUGCACGCUUGCAUUGCGAAGACGGGAGAAAGCGGCGAAUUCGUUCGCGGCACGACAUGGACAUUCGAAGAUGGACAAGAAGUUGUGCUCAAAUCUGAAUCUUUCAUCCGCCGCGAGAUCGAUGCUAAAUGUGCUCAAGAUGACCAAGAAUGUGCCGCAAUCUUUGACGAUCUCGAGGACCUAAUGAAUCAGCGGGGCGGCGAGUGGGACUUCAAAAAGAAUCAAGAUGUUUAUGCGCGCGAUGAGCACAGUCAAAUUAACAAGGGCGAAGGCAGAACUGCAGAUGGGAAUGAGUUACCUGAAAACUGACAUGAGGACCUGUGCAUAUGCGCAGUGUGCAGCUUUGAUUGACCAUAACAGCUUCCUAUGUGUAUACGACACAGGAGUGUUUCCUAAGCGACGACCAGGCUAUCAUUGAUGGUCCCAGGGCAGGUGCAAGUGUGCUCUGCAGCAUGUACGUCGACGUCAUGUCUUGGGGCGCAGUUUGGGGCUUCACCUCAAAUUGAACCCGGAAAAUUCAGCGCGAUCUAGUUUGAGCCCGCCCGGGGCCUGUGCCUGGGGCCCGGGUGCCUCGGCAAGUCCCUGGCUGCCGGCGUGGUGCCGCCAGGACGUUGCGCACGGGCGUUUCUGGAUGCAGGGCGCCGACGGCGUGUUGGAAAUUUCAAGUACCGUAGAGAGACAGAGAGGAUCCCGCUGGGGCCUUGCCUACUUGGUAGCUCGCUGGCACAGAGCCACGUCAGCGAGCCGCAUCCAAGAUUUCCUUCCCCUUGAGGAUUCUAAACCCAGCCAAAGCCCAGGGGGCUGGCAAAAGGCC